GAAAUGUGGUGAAAAAAGAAAAUGACAAAUUGCGAGAAAAUUUUGGAGGCAGUGCCGGAUUUAGUAGAUCCUGUGGGGUUUGAGGCUCAUCCUUUCAAGAUUGGCUGGUACAAUGAAGCUGUGGCUCACUCCUGUUUCAAGCUUCCAUACCCUGCAGACACUCUGGCAUUCAUUGUGAUAAGUACUCCUCGCAUGUUUGACAAAGCCUUCAAGCCUUUCAUCAGCAGGACAGAUUGCACUGGGCCCCAGGAUGCAAUUGAUACAUGUAUGACGUAUCACUUUGACCUUGUCAAACAGAGAUUUCCACAGUGCAGUAUUGAAGCAAUUCAUGAUUUUGAGCUUUUACCCAAUCGCCGCCCAAAAAUCUUGGUGCAGACAGCUGGCCAUGUGGCAGGAGCAGUGCGCUUCUAUCAGAGAGCUGAUUUAGCUAAUGAUCCAUGGGAUCAGUCAAAGAAAAUAUACGGUGUGUGUAUCCAUCCCAAGUAUGGUGGUUGGUUUGCUUUGAGAGGGGUGUUGGUUUUCAAAGAUGUGCUUUGUCCUCAACUUAAGAAGAAAUUAUGUGAAGAUUUGCUGCCAUCUGAUGAGCAGAAAAGAGACCUCCUGGAGAAGUAUAAUGACCACUGGCAGGACUGGAGUUUUAGAGAUGUUCUUCCUGUUGAGGACCGUUAUUCUGAGGAACAGAAAACAUAUUUUGCUACGCCACCAGGGGAACGGCAAGAACUUGUGCGGAAAAUUAAAAACUCCUGACAAAAAUGUCAGACUUAGUGAUGUUGGGUUGAUGUCCUUGACCAAAAGAUACUUCUAUCUUCAUGUCUAAAUGUAAAUUACAUGUACGUUAUGUAAACUCUUCUUUAGUACCAUAAAACAAAUACAUAUUAAGUACAUGUACAUGUUGUAUUAAUGUACGGGUAUCUGCAACUGUCUGCCACAAAGAAAAUUUGUUUUGUCACACUUUUAAUGGAUGCACAUAUCAGGGAAUACCUGUACAUGUGUAUGCGUGUUAUAGAAAUAAAAUUUAAAAGUAUGGUGAUAAAAUUUCAUAAAAUGAGCAUGUUUUACACUAACUCUGUAUAAGAUUUGCUCUCCCACAGAGAGAAUCUGCUCUGAGCAAUUGGUUUAGAAAUUUUGUUCUUUAAUUGUUUGUACUCUUGGGUCUAUGUUUUUUAGGUGCUUACAUCAUUUCCACUUUAAUAUUUGACAAAAUAUUAAAAUUGAGAGAAUCUCUUGUUCCAAAUAACUGUUACAAAUACACUGUAUGUCCAGAUGAGUACUUAAGUACUUUUAGUUGUUCUCUGCAUUAAUUGCAUGAUAGUUUCAUUGUGAAUUGUUUUACAAUCCGGUGCCCCAAAACUGUGAUAUUAUGUAUAUCUACUUGGUCUAUAUCUACUGUAUAUCUACUAAUCAAUUUAUCAUUGCACCUGUGUAGAGCACUAAUCAGUUUGUCAUUGUACUUGUAUAGAACACUAAUCAGUUUGUCAUUGCACCUGUGUGGAGCACUAAUCAAUUUGUCAUUGCACCUGUGUGGAGCACUGAUCAGUUCGUCAUUGCAUAUGUGUGGAGCACUAAUCAGUUUUCCAUUGUAUCUGUGCAAAACACUUAUCAGUUUGUCAUUGUAUCUGUUGGGAGCACUAAUGAAUUUGUCAUCGUACCUGUAUAGAGCACCAAUAAAUUUGUCAUUGUAUCUGUAUGGAGCACUAAUCAGCUUGUGAUUGUACCUGUAUGGAGCACUAAUCAAUUUGUCAUUGUACCUGUAUGGAGCGCUUAUCACUUUGUCAUUUUAUCUGCAUGGAGCACUAAUCAGUGUGCAAUUGUAUCUGUAUGGAGCACUAAUCAGUGUGUCAUUGUAUCUGUAUGGAGCACUGAUCAGUGUGUCAUUGUACUUGUA